AUGACUCCUUCUCUUUUCACUAUUGUUCUUCUUAUCAUUCUCAAUGUUAGUAUAGCCACCGCAGCCACACCAUCUCGGGUAAUCUCCGGUGGUGGACAAUGGCAGCUCAUACACAAUAACAUCGGCAUUGUAGGCAUGCACAUGCAACUACUGCACAACGACCGUGUCAUCAUUUACGACCGCACUAAUUUUGGAGAUUCAAACAUAUCCUUACCAAAUGGAAGAUGCCGCAUUAACUUAAGAGAAAGGUUUAAAGUCGACUGCACCGCUCACUCCGUCGAGUAUGACGUUGUUUCCAACACAGUCCGACCACUUUUCCUCCAAACCGACGUCUGGUGUUCCUCUGGUUCUGUCACUCCCAACGGAACUCUUUUCCAAACCGGUGGUUCCGGUGCAGGAGAGUUUUCCGUUAGAGCCAUCGAUCCAUGCCCUACUUGUGAUUGGGAAGAAUUCAACCAUGGACUCGCAGCUAAAAGAUGGUAUGCGACCAAUCACAUUCUUCCGGAUGGACGACAGAUUAUCAUAGGUGGAAGAAAGGAAUUCAACUAUGAGUUUUAUCCUAAGAAACAACGUGCGGAGAAGAUCACAUACAAGUUACCUUUUCUUGCACAAACAAAUAACCCGGGUGUUGGGAACAAUCUUUACCCUUUUGUUUUUCUCAAUGUAGAUGGCAAUCUUUUCAUUUUUGCAAAUAACCGUGCUAUUUUGUUUGAUUAUAACAAAAACGUUGUUGUUAAAACAUAUCCUUCAAUCCCAGGUGAAGAUCCCAGGAGUUUUCCUAGUACAGGUUCUGCUGUUUUGUUACCUUUAAGAAACUUACAAAGUCCUAGGGUUGAAGCCGAGGUUUUGAUUUGCGGGGGAGCUCCGAAAGGUUCAUAUCAAUUAUCAUUACGUGGUAAAUUCAUGAGAGCUUUGAAUACAUGCGCCCGGAUGAAAAUAACCGACCCGAAUCCAUCUUGGAUUAUGGAAACUAUGCCGUUUGGAAGAGUCAUGAGUGACAUGAUAUUACUUCCAAACGGCAAUGUUUUGUUAAUAAACGGAGCAGCUUCCGGGGCAGCUGGUUGGGACAUCGGCCGCAACCCGAUUUUACAUCCAUUUCUUUAUAAGCCAAAUAAUGUUAUAAAGUCGAGAUUUCAGCUACAAAAUCCUUCUGGUAUUCCUAGAAUGUACCAUUCUACUUCCAUUUUGCUUCGUGAUGGUAGGGUCCUAGUUGCUGGUAGCAAUCCUCAUCAAUUUUACAAUUUUAGCAAUGUUUUAUUUCCAACGGAGUUGCGGUUAGAAACAUUUUCACCUUCGUAUCUAGAGCCUCAGUUUAAUGAUAUACGUCCUAUAAUGGUAUAUCCAUCGCCUCAGUCACAAAUGAGAUUGAAAUACGCCCAAAUUUUGAAGAUUCAGUUUCAGGUGAAGGGAACAUUGGCGAUAGAUUCAGUGUCGGUGACAAUGUUGGCGCCAUCUUUUAAUACACAUUCUUUCUCAAUGAAUCAGAGGCUAUUAGUGCUUGAUCAUGUGAAAGCAACAAAUAAUGUUGUUGUUGGGAAAUUGACAUCAACAUCUAUGUGCCAAGUUGAUGUAGCAAUACCAUGUUCAUCCAAUCUUGCACCACCUGGUUAUUAUUUGUUAUUUGUGGUUCAUCAACAAGUUCCAAGUGAAGGUGUUUGGAUCCAAUUAUUAUGA